AUGUCAAGAAGUGAUGAGUUGAAGACGAUGAAGUGGAUUAAUGCCCGUCUUAAGAAAAUCAACAAACCUUUUGUUAAGUCAAUUAAGAGUUCAGAUGGAGACAUAAUCGAUUGUGUUUUAUUUAAUCUUCAGCCAACAUUUGAUCUCCCGGAGAUCAAAGAAAAAAUGAACUUGGAUCCACCUGAGAUGCCAAAAGGACAUGAUAGUACUACAAUGGAAACAGAGAUCAAGCAGUUAUGGAGUUCAAAGGGUGAAUCAUGCCCAAAUGGCACAAUUCCUAUUAGAAGAACAACUGCAAGCGACGUUUUGAGAUCCAUGUCAAUUUCUAAAUCGGUAAAGAAAGUUGGUAGAAAAGGCUUCUCGGGUGCUCAAGACCAUGAGCAUGCAACAGGGUAUGUAACAGAUGGAAAAUUCUAUGGAACAAAAGCACUUAUGAAUGUAUGGAAACCAUAUGUUGCUAAAUACUAUGAUUUUAGCCUUUCACAAAUUUGGGUUUCUUCUGAUGUUCCAACUCAUGAUGUCCAAACUGUUGAAGCUGGUUGGCAUGCUGUACCAAUUCUAUACCAAGAUAAUAAUCCAAGGAUAUUCAUUUACUGGACUCCUAACAGCUAUCGAUCAGGCUGCUACAAUUUGCAAUGUCCGGGAUUUGUUCAAACCAAUACUAGAAUUGCCCUUGGAGCUGCGAUAUAUCCAUUUUCAACAUAUAACGAUAAGCAAUAUGAUAUCGCCUUCUUGAUCUGGAAGGACAUAAAGAGUGGCGACUGGUGGUUAAAGGCGGGAAGUGAAAUGAUAGGAUACUGGCCCCAGACUUUAUUCACAGACCUUCGUGAUCACGCAACGUCAAUAGAAUAUGGAGGAGAAGUGUAUUCACGGAACUUGCAUAAUCAUACAUCGACCCAAAUGGGCAGCGGUCACUUCCCAAAUGAAGGGUUUGGUAAAGCAGCAUAUGCCAGAAACUUGGAAAUAGUUAAUGAGGAUAACACCUUAAAUCCAGUGCCUAAUUUGAAAGCGAUAGCUGAUAAACCCAAUUGUUAUGGUGUUAAAAGCGGGUAUAGUAAAACUUGGGGUAAUUAUAUCUUUUUUGGAGGACCUGGAAAUAAUCCAAACUGUCCCUAA